GCUAGUAGGCUGCGCAAGCUUCUUCCAGGGCCCCGGGCCCUCAGCGGCAGCCGAGAACGCAGUGCCUCGGCGCACGCGCAGUGAGGAUCCACGUGAGCGCCUGCGUUUCUUAAACCCAACGAUGCCGCCGGAACGGAGGAGCCGAACGAGACCGAACCGGAGAACCCGGGCGGGGCCGAACCGGAAGACCCGAAUGAAGCCGGACAGGAUAGCCCGAGGGAGACCGGGUGGGCCGCCCCGAAAGGCCGCUUAUUCAUCCCAGCGGAAACUGCCGGCUCGGCCGAGAGCAGCGGCUGCUGCGAUCGCAGUCGCGGCAGAGGAGGAGAGACGGCUCAGGCAGCGGAACCGUCAGACGCUGGAGGAGGACAAGCCGGCCGUGGAGCGGUGCCUGGAGGAGCUGGUCUUCGGCGACGUCGAGAACAACGAGGAUGCGCUCCUGCAGCGUUUGCGAGGCCCACGGGUUCACAUUCAGGAAGACUCAGGUGACUCGGAUGUGGAGAAUGAAGCAAAAGAUAAUUUUCCACCUCAGAAGAAGCCAGUUUGGGUGGAUGAAGAAGAUGAAGAUGAGGAAAUGAUUGACAUGGUGAAUAAUCGUUUUCGGAAAGAUAUGAUGAAAAAUGCCAGUGAAGGUAAACUUUCAAAAGGAGACCUUCAGAAGAGACUUAAGGAAGAAUUCCAGCAUGCCAUGGGGGGAGUACCUGCCUGGGUAGAGAAUCGUAAGCGGAAAACCUCUUCUGAUGAUGAAAGUGAAGAGGAUGAAGAUGAUUUGUUGCAAAGGACUGGGAAUUUCAUAUCCACAUCAGCUUCUCUUCCAAGAGGAAUUUUAAAGAUGAAGCACUGCCAACACGCUAAUGCUGAACGUCCUACCACUGCUCGGGUCUCAUCUGUGCAGUUCCAUCCUCGCGCACAAGUGGUGAUGGUCGCUGCCCUAGAUAACUCUGUGUCACUAUUUCAGGUUGAUGGAAAAACAAAUCCUAAAAUUCAGAGCAUCUAUUUGGAAAAGUUUCCGAUAUUUAAGGCUCGUUUUAGUGCUAAUGGAGAAGAGGUUUUAGCCACAAGUACCCAUAGCAAAGUGCUUUAUGUCUAUGAUAUGUUGGCUGGAAAGUUAAUUCCUGUACAUCAAGUGAGAGGUUUGAAAGAGAAGAUAGUAAGGAGCUUCGAAGUCUCCCCAGAUGGGUCCUUCUUGCUCAUAAAUGGUGUUGCUGGAUAUUUUCAUUUGCUGACAAUGAAGACUAAAGAAUUGAUAAGUAGCAUGAAAAUCAAUGGAAGGAUUGCAGCAUCCACAUUCUCUUCAGAUAGUAAGAGAGUAUACGCCUCUUCUGCGGAUGGGGAAGUUUACGUGUGGGAUGUGAACUCUAGGAAGUGCCUCAACAGAUUUGUCGACGAAGGUAGUUUAUAUGGAUUGAGCAUUGCAGCAUCUAGGAAUGGACAGUAUGUGGCUUGUGGUUCUAAUUGUGGAGUGGUAAACAUAUACAAUCAAGAUUCUUGUCUCCAAGAAACAAACCCAAAGCCGAUAAAAGCUAUAAUGAACUUGGUUACAGGUGUUUCUUCUCUGGCCUUCAAUCCUACCACAGAAAUCUUGGCAAUUGCUUCAGAAAAAAUGAAAGAAGCAGUCAGAUUGGUUCACCUUCCUUCCUGUACAGUAUUUUCAAACUUCCCAGUCUUUAAAAAGAAGAAUAUUUCUCUUGUUCAUACCAUGGAUUUUUCACCAAGAAGUGGAUAUUUUGCUUUGGGGAAUGAAAAGGGCAAGGCUCUGAUGUAUAGGUUGCACCAUUACUCAGACUUUUGAAGAGAUUAUUUGAGAUUCAGUUGAGUCGCAAGAGAAGCCUGUCCUGAUAGAUCUUCUCAGAAACUUUCCAGAAUGUGUGAUAAUAUGUGGAUAAUGAUUUGAGCCAGCUGUACAUAUUUAACAGGAAUAUUUUAAUAAACACAUGGCAACUUUUGUUUGGA